AUGACUUCAAUUGAUGUCAGACCAGAUCAAUUCCCCGCUGGGUCUCGAGAAGUCUCAGGUCAAAUAAACGGCGUUACCACCGAGAUUUCCUCUACAAGCUUCGCAGACAAGAUCCUAAUCACCAUCUCUCAAGAAGGCCGUCUUUCACAAUGGAUUCAAGUCCCUUUGACAGGAUCUUCAUCUGGAGUGGUUGAAAUGAACCUACCAAGUUCGAACAAGGGUCUUCUCCCCUCAACACAUCUCACGCCAACGACGCUUUUUGGAGGCGGGGGUGAGGAGCGUGAGACUCUGGGGCAACUUUAUGCGGCGCAAAUUGCAAGUCAAAUAUGUCUACGGUCACUGGAGGAUCGACGAAUCCUUGUUCUGGGUCUUGGUCUUGCUAAAACCGAUCUCGAGCGUGAGGCUUUCUUUGAUCUUUUGGAACUUGUCCAGAAGGUUCUGUGA